GAAAACAAUCCGAAUGUUGUUCGAGAUACAAAUCCUGGAACAAAAAGAGCUCGAAAGGGAUUAAACACCAAAAAGUCUCAGAGGGAAUGUUUUGGGAAUUUCGCUAUAAAGAACCCUAGUGUUUGGGAUUCCCUUGCCUCAGGGUACGAUGCAUCAUGGGACGAACUAAAUAAGAUGCUGAAUGAUUUGGGACCUCCUCAGAAAGUCAAAGACGAUUGGAUCAAGAAUUUCAGAGAUUGGAUAUAUCAGUUGAAGCACAAGGAGAGAUCAGGCUGCAAAAGAAUUUUGAGUAACUUGGAGCAGAAAUCAUUGGCUGCUUUCGGGAAUAUAUCUUACGAAGGUGAUAGCACUAUUAAGGCACGGGGGAUACCGUCAAUUUCAAGUCACUCCCAGUUGACACCAUCAGCUUCUGGAUCAUUUUCGCCAGCAUGUAAUGGGUUUCCGGAAGAUCUUAUCGAGGAACUUCCAGACCCUCAAACUAUUGCAGAUGAAAUUCCCAGGAACAGUGAUGAUCAAGGAGGUGUUGGAAGACGCAGACCGCAAAAGAAACAAACUUUGGAUGUGCUCAUGAUCAUCGAACUGAACACCUCUCAAUUUCAUGUAAUUAUAAAGUGUGAAACAAGAGUUAAUAAUUUUUCCAGCUGUUGUAGGAUAAUAGUGUAGAGUUCUGUGUUUUAGAAGACAUCUAAAUUUCGACUUCAAAAUGCCGAAUGCGCGUUCAAUUACUUUCCUUCCUAGAUUAUGAAGUCUAUUAAAUUUGUGUUGAGCUCGUGUAGUAGGAUCAGCAUAUGGCGUGAAAAUAAAUGGCUCGAGAGGGUAUCCUCUGUCAGCUAAAAGGAUAAAUUCUUGACUAUUUAAUAGAUGAUUUCGAACAGGCGAUUUACUCCAAAGUCCACUAUCGUGAGUUGAGCCAGUAAUGAAGCAUUA